ACGCACACCGCGGCGGAAGCGAGGAGGCUUGCGCAGCCGCAGCUCAGCGAGUCUGUCGGUGUGACGGGGCCGGGCGCGGGGUUGCCGCGGUACUGAGCGAGGCUUCGCGUGGGUGGAGGAGGCGCGGGUGCAGUCUUUAAGAAUUAGAAAUGGCUUCCAAAAGAGCUCUGGUCAUCCUGGCCAAAGGAGCAGAGGAGAUGGAGACAGUCAUUCCCGUGGAUAUCAUGCGGCGAGCUGGGAUUAAAGUCACCGUUGCAGGCCUGGCUGGGAAAGACCCCGUGCAGUGUAGCCGUGAUGUAAUGAUUUGUCCUGAUGCCAGUCUUGAGGACGCAAAAAAGCAGGGACCAUACGACGUGGUGGUUCUUCCAGGAGGCAAUCUGGGUGCACAGAACUUAUCUGAGUCAUCUGUGGUGAAGGAGGUCCUAACGGAACAGGAGAGCAGGAAGGGCCUCAUAGCUGCCAUCUGUGCGGGUCCGACUGCUCUGCUGGCUCAUGAAAUCGGUUUUGGAAGCAAAGUUACAACACACCCAGGGGCUAAGGACAAAAUGAUGGAUGGAAGUCACUACAGCUACUCAGAGAGCCGUGUGGAGAAGGACGGCCUGAUCCUCACCAGCCGAGGGCCUGGGACCAGCUUCGAGUUUGCGCUGGCCAUCGUGGAGGCGCUCAUCGGCAAGGAGAUGGCUGACCAAGUGAAGGCACCGCUUGUCCUCAAAGACUAGAGCCCGCGCUCGAGGCAGCCGCUGGAAGCCAGUCCCCAGCCUCGGCCCGCUCGUGUGUCAGAAGCCAGUGAGCCUUGGGAAGUAGCAUGGGAAGUAGCUGCCACAUGGGAUCUCACCCUGAGCCUGGGUCUGUACAUUUCUAAACAUUGCUAGUAGAAUAAACAGUUGACCACCUCUGGCA